AUGGCAUUGCCUUUCUUGGGUCCGAUUUCGGGGCUUGGGGAUGUCAUCGAAGGCUUUGAUGCAAUACUCGCUUUGACGGGGACCGUCGCAAAGGAAGGCUACGAUAUCUACAGUAUGGUGCAGAACCCUGACAGUGCCCCAGUGGCGGUUCUCGGUAUGCUGUUGGGCUUUGACGCUGGUGCAGCAGUUGGUAGAAUCAGUGAUAAAUCAUUGAACGCCUUUCAAUACGAUACUCUUGCUGCCUCGCGACGCGGCAUGAAAGGCGAGGAGAUAAAGGGUUUCGGAAAUCUGUUUGAAGCGAAAUUGAAUCAAGUUGAUUCCAUGGUUAGCAAGUGUCUGAGACGUUGA